GCUUUAGGGUUUUUAGGGUUUCUUCAUUCACACCUCUUUUUUGUACUAGCUUCACAUUCCUCUGGAUUUCUUCACGUUCUCGAUAAAACCCAUGUUUUCGUAGCGGAAAUCUCAAGAAAUUGGAUAUGAAUAUGGAAGCUAGAAUUGGGGUGGUGGUUGAAGGAGGGCAGAGAGCUUUGAAUUCUGGUGCCCACGGGAGCGUGGUGGAUGCGGGUGCCAGAAAAUUUUUGCAGCACCAGAACGCUCAUUCGAAGCCGCCUAUCAAUCCACAGAAUUCACAGCUAGGGACGGUGAACCAGCUCCUAGCUGGUGGUAUUGCAGGGGCCUUUAGCAAGACCUGCACAGCGCCCCUAGCUCGCCUCACUAUCUUAUUUCAGGUGCAAGGCAUGCAUUCUGAGGUAGCGGCAUUGAGCAAGGCUAGCAUUUGGCAUGAGGCUUCACGAGUUAUUAAUGAAGAAGGGUUCAGAGCAUUUUGGAAGGGCAACUUGGUUACAAUAGUUCAUCGUCUUCCCUAUUCUUCAGUGAACUUCUAUGCUUAUGAACGUUACAAGAGUUGGUUGCAGCCAUUUCUUGGUCGGGAAAAUCAAUUGGGAAGAGGAAGUCCUGAUGUCUUUGUGCACUUUGUAGGUGGUGGGUUGGCUGGAAUAACUUCUGCCUCUGUCACUUAUCCCCUGGAUCUUGUAAGGACACGUCUUGCAGCACAGACAAGUACAGUCUACUACCGAGGUAUUUGGCAUGCUUUUCACACAAUCUGCAGGGAGGAGGGUUUCUUAGGAUUUUAUAAAGGACUUGGAGCAACAUUAUUGGGUGUUGGACCAAGUAUAGCAAUAAGCUUUUCUGUUUAUGAGGCACUGAGAUCCUUUUGGCACUCUCAAAGGCCCAAUGACUCCACUGCUUUGGUUAGUCUUGCCUGUGGCAGUCUUUCAGGCAUUGCAUCAUCAACAGCAACAUUUCCUAUCGAUCUUGUGAGGAGAAGGAUGCAGUUGGAAGGGGCUGCUGGUCGAGCCCGCAUCUAUAACUCUGGAUUAGUUGGCACUUUUAGGCAUAUAAUGCACAGUGAAGGUUUUCGAGGCUUUUAUAGAGGAAUUUUGCCUGAAUACUACAAGGUCGUUCCAGGUGUAGGCAUUGCCUUCAUGACUUAUGAGACGUUGAAGAGUCUUCUAACAAGCAUCCCUCCCAAUUAACAGCUACAUCUCAGCUUUGCUUAGUUAUGCUAUUGCUUUUGUUCCAUCAAGUCAGUUUGACAUGCAGCUUUCAAGAGGAAAAAGGAAACCCAACAAAAAAGAAGGGGAAAAUGGAAGACCAAAGCAUUCAGUUAAAGAUAGGAUUUAGGUAACAAGAAAUGUUCCUUCGGUGAUACUUUUAGUUUUUAGGAGCCAUGGUGGUAAAUUUUGGAGAAUUUUGGUGGUUGCUGCCAUUUAUUUAUUUUUUUGGUGUAUACAGUUAGUUAGCACAGUGAGGGUGACAAGUUCAUAUGGUUCCCAGAUACUCGGGCCUUAAGCAUUUAUUGGCGCUCUUAUGAUUUAAACAGUAGUGUUCAUUAACUUACUGUCAACCUCAGUGCGGGUUAAGCUGACAGCUACUCCUCAAUUUCAAUUCCUUUGAAUACAAGGCCACAUAAAAUAGCAAAAGAUCUUGUUGAUCUGAGCUACUUUGUCUGAUUACUGUCCAUUGAUUUUCUUGUAGAAAUGAAGAAAUUAUAAGAGGACUU